CUUUCAGUCGAGUACCGUUGUAGUGGGACGUAGGUACCGGUUUCAGAGAAGUACGGUCGUGCCCGUCAAUUAUUAUGGUUCAAAAUCGCCUGGUGUAAUUAUCACUAAUUUCGUCCCUAGCUAUUUAUAUUUGGAAUGCUGUAUUGAGGCUUAUCAAUGAACUACUUAUAAUAAUAGUCGGUUGUCAGUAAAAAACAACUAUUUGGAAACAAACGUGUGUGAAGGUUCUAGUGGCGUGAUGUUUUAGUUUGAACUGUGAGGGUGACAUAAAAAUUCUUGAAAAUGGUGGUGAAAGCUUCGAAAACUUUGUUGACAAAGUGCUUUUGCUUCAGUAAAUACAACAUCAACUGUUUGCCAUCAAUUCUUCAAAAUGGAUUCCACCAGAGAAGAAGUAUGUAUACGUUGGACCCAAUCGAUCCCACAGAGCCAACUUUUAACAAAAUAUUGAUAGCAAACAGAGGAGAAAUAGCAUGUAGAGUCAUCAAAACUGCUAAACGAAUGGGCAUCAAAACAGUUGCGGUUUAUUCUGUGGCGGAUUCCCAUUCAAUGCACUUGAAAAUGGCUGAUGAAGGAGUUUUCAUAGGAAAUUCACCAGCAUCCGAAUCUUAUUUGGAUAAAGGAAAAAUAAUGGAGGCAAUCAGAAUCACUGAUGCUGAUGCUGUCCAUCCUGGUUAUGGAUUCUUAUCAGAAAAUGCUGAUUUUGUUGGAAUGUUGGAACAGGAAAGCGUCACUUUUAUAGGACCAUCAGCGAGGGCCAUAACAGGAAUGGGCGAUAAACUAGAGUCCAAAAGAUUGGCAAUGGCUGCGGGAGUGAACACUAUACCGGGAUUCGACGGCAUUGUCGAAAAUGCAGACCACUGCGUAGAAAUCGCCAGAAAUAUCGGAUAUCCCGUUAUGAUAAAGGCAUCCGCUGGAGGUGGAGGAAAAGGAAUGAGGAUUGCGAGAAAUGAUGAUGAUGCCAGGGAAGGCUUCAAAUUGUCAACCCAAGAAGCACAGUCUAGUUUUGGCGAUAGCCGGAUGUUGGUAGAAAAAUUUAUAGAUAAACCUAGACACAUAGAAAUCCAAGUAUUAGGCGACAAACAUGGAAAUGUCAUCUACCUCAACGAGAGAGAAUGCAGUAUUCAAAGGAGAAAUCAAAAAGUUAUCGAAGAAGCUCCCAGCGUGUUCCUCAAUGAAGAAACUCGAAAAGCAAUGGGCGAGCAAGCGGUAUCGCUCUGUAAAAAACUAGGUUACUCUUCAGCUGGAACGGUGGAAUUCCUCGUCGACGAAAAACAGAACUUCUAUUUCUUGGAAAUGAACACAAGAUUACAAGUGGAACACCCAAUCACUGAGUGCAUAACAGGAGUGGACUUGGUUCAACAGAUGAUUCGAGUAGCCAGGGGACACAAGCUUAAAAUUCGCCAGGAAGACAUCGGAAUCAAUGGGUGGGCGAUAGAGAGUAGAGUGUAUGCGGAAGACCCUUACAAAAAUUUUGGGUUGCCUAGUAUAGGUAGACUCCACAAGUAUAUUGAACCCACUCAAGUAGAAGGUGUCAGAUGCGAUAGUGGUAUCGAGGAAGGAAGCGAAAUCAGCGUCUACUAUGAUCCAAUGAUCUGCAAACUGGUUUGCAGAGGAAAAGAUAGGAAAGAAGCCAUCGAGAGGAGUAUAAAAGCACUGGAUUCAUAUGUCAUAAGGGGAGUGACACAUAAUAUACCUCUUCUACGAGAUAUUUUGACUGAGGAGAGAUUUAAUAAAGGAGAUAUAAGUACCAAUUACUUGCCAGAGGUUUAUCCAGACGGGUUUAAAGGUUCUCUUUUGAAAACAAACGAAAAACUCAAACUCUUAGCAAUGGCUUCCACAAUCUUUGCAACAAACGAGCUUCGCAGCCGAAACUUCAUCAACGCUCCACAACACAAAAUUUAUGGAAAAACUUUAGACUCAUGGAAUCUCUAUAUAGAAAUGAUGGAAGAGAAGUUUAAACUGAAAGUCAAGCAAGAAAAUGGUUUAUUUGUCGUUGAAAUUGAUGCAGAAGAAUUUAGGAUAGAUAAAAACUCUAUUAACCUGGCAUCACCUCUGUUGAAUGUGAAAAUCAAUAAUGAGGACAAUGUAAUACAGUUGUUAUCAAAAAAUGCUAGUGGAUUUUAUAAUAUAAUAUAUCAUGGUACCAAUUACAAGCUCUACAUUCUCUCUCAGAGGUCAGCUGAUUACUUGCAUUUGAUGCCAGAAAAACUCAAAUUUGAUGUUUCGAAACAAGUGAGGUCACCCAUGCCUGGGUUGGUUAAAUCGGUUGCUUGCAGUGUUGGCGAUAUGGUAGCAGAAGGACAAGAAUUGUGUGUCAUAGAAGCCAUGAAAAUGCAAAAUUCUAUGGUAGCGCAAACUACAGGUAAAAUUAGAUGCAUAAACAUUCAUCCCGGAGAUACAGUUGGAGAUGAUGAUGUUCUUAUAGAACUGGUUUGAGAAAUUGAUUUCUAUUGAUAUAUUUCGAUAAGA